GAAAAAAUACUCAUCUAUUCACAAAUAUUCUUGUUAUUCUAAUUUUUAAAUCACAAACCCUAAUCUACAGUAUUUUGCACUCUAUGCUGCACGAAUAAUGGUUAUAUCGGUUGUUCUGUUCAUCUUUGUCCAGCUUCCGCAGACUUUACUUUUGGAAGACAUUUGGCCGUGUUGGUUGCUCUAAUCCUCUUUGUUUAAUGUUGAUCUAUUAUUUUGUGUAUCAGGUAAAACAUAAAAUUCAGUCCUAAAAUUCUGGAAUCUAGCCAGUAGACUGGUUUUGGAAAAAGUUUUUAAUGAUGAAGGUCAACUUGAUGAAGAUGUUAUUCCAACGUAAGUCAUGGAGAUGGGAAAAUUUAAAGACCUCCUUGGUAUUACCAUGCGCUUAAGUUUUAUCAUUUCAAUAUGUUUAUUCGGUCCAUUGUAGUUUUCAGGUGGGUCUAGGAAUGGUUGUCCAAUCUCUUUGUCCCGAUAAAAAAGAUGGGGCACUUUGAUGACAGAACAAACAAGCUUUUGUUUUACAGUUUCAAAUAUUGUGUUGUCUUUUGCUUUCAUUUGAACGUGUUUAUCAUUUAUAUUUAAAAUAUAUUUGGAAAUUUUAUAUUUUUUUGUUAUAUGUUACAAUAUAUUUAUAAUGUUUUUAAAACAAUCUAUAUAGUUUUACUUUUGUUUUAUUUAAGUGUAACUAAUUAUGUGGCUAUAUUUUCUACAAACUUACCAAGAGUACAUGGUACAUGUGACUUAUUAUCCAAUUCCUAUUACCCUAUUAAUUUUUUUAUCUAAAAUAUAGUUUAUAUAGAUUUUAAUUUUAAAAUUAUCAAAUAUUCUAAAAAUACUAUUUAUAAACCGGAUUUCCCUAUUACUUUUAUCCAAAAUAUUUAAAUUAUCCGAUUUCUACUAUAUUUUAUCCAAAAAUAUAAAAAUGUAAGUUUGAACCGAAAAACCAAAAACGACAAUCAAACUGAAACUAUGCCAAAAACAAAACAAAAACCAGAAACCGAAUCGAAUACCAAACUUCCAUGCUUAAACAUACUAUUAAACAAAUAGACAGAUUAAUAAAUUUUUCAAACAAAAACAAUUCGAGCAUUUAAAUUAUGUUUUUGACACAGAUUUACUGGAAAAAAUCAUCUUAAUAUUUAUAUGAAAACAAAUAAGGUUUACUAAUGAAACAAAUAAGUAACCGAACUACAAGUCAUAUAUUCUAAAUUUAAAUCAAAUUUUAAUUUAAUGAAAUUGUAAAAACCUUCAACAACAUAAUCCCGCAUUUUAACGCGGGUUAUAAUCUAGUUCUUUCUUAAAAUAAAGGAGUAAAAGCGGAAAACCAAAAUAUGUCAAAUGUCAGAAAAUGAAAAUAAUAUUUGAGACAUUAUCAACUAUACAAAGAACUACAAUUUCCUUAUUUUUUUGGUCGAAGAACUACAAUUUCCUUAAAAUCCAAAAUAAAAAUAGAUGAAUAAAAAAAGACAAAAAAAAAAAACUUGUUGACCGUAGGCUUUGUCUCCUGGAGAUAUAUCUUUUUGGAAUUUCUGUAAACUUAUCUGUUUAAAUUGCAAUAAUAAUCUUGAUCACCAAACAAAAAUCCCAUCUCACAUCUUUCUCUUAUUUUUAUUUUUUUUUUAAUCAUGAAACAAAUGUUCACCAAACAAACAUAUGGAAAGAAGUCUGAGACAUACAUCAACUUUCUGAAAAUCUUUCUACAUCUUAUAAUAGAACUUCGUACUUAACUAUGCUUAAGAGGUAUCCAAAAAUAAUGUUGCCCUAAAGAGAAUGGCUGAAGGAAAUUUAAGGGUCAUAUAUAAACUUGUAAUCAUGGCGUAGAUUGCAAACCGAAACGCUCGUGGGGAAGUCCCUGCUAUGACCUCUACUCUAUAUCUACCUCAUUUAGGAUUUGGGCUUUGACGCCUAUUCCCAUAAACCCUUGGUGCUGACGGAGUGUCUGUCCUUGUCUGAGGGAAACUUCAACUCUAUUUUAGUCAAUCAACAAAAACUGAGUCAAGUAUAUCACGAACGUUUGUACUUUAAAUAAAUUAAGAUACAACAAACGCAAGAGUUAUUAGCAUCAGCAUACUCUUGCCCUGCAAUCUGACAAAUCACAUCAGUGAGGAUCAAUAGAUGAAAAUACUUACAAAAGUGAGACAUAUUGAGAUCUUAAAUUAUACUGAUAAGUUUCUUGGGCUUCCAACUUAAAACCAAUUGGCAAUUAGUGGAUUGAUCCAAGUCACUUAUAUAUUACUCAAGUCCCUUUCAUAUAUUCGAUGUGGGAUCUUCUCUCCAAUACCCUCCCUCGAGAUAAUGGUGCGUAUAACCAUUAAUCUCGCAGAAUCCAUCAUACCCCCUCCGAAAUCAUGCUUUUAUUUUCUAGCGAUCUCGGCGGAACUGAGCCUUCUAUGGGCCAUCAGCUAAUGGGAUGAUCGGGCCACUGUCCGGGCCGGAUUAAUGGGUCAGGGUAUUAGGCCCGCUCUGAUACCAUGAUAAGUUUCUUGGGCUUCCAACUUAAAACCAAUUGGCAAUUAGUGGAUUGAUCCAAGUCACUUAUAUAUUACUCAAGUCCCUUUCAUAUAUUCGAUGUGGGAUCUUCUCUCCAAUACCCUCCCUCGAGAUAAUGGUGCGUAUAACCAUUAAUCUCGCAGAAUCCAUCAUACCCCCUCCGAAAUCAUGCUUUUAUUUUCUAGCGAUCUCGGCGGAACUGAGCCUUCUAUGGGCCAUCAGCUAAUGGGAUGAUCGGGCCACUGUCCGGGCCGGAUUAAUGGGUCAGGGUAUUGGGCCCGCUCUGAUACCAUGAUAAGUUUCUUGGGCUUCCAACUUAAAACCAAUUGGCAAUUAGUGGAUUGAUCCAAGUCACUUAUAUAUUACUCAAGUCCCUUUCAUAUAUUCGAUGUGGGAUCUUCUCUCCAAUAUAUACCAUUUUAAGCUCUGGCUCCGACAUAAAGCAACAGUAUGAUCCCCAUGAGUUAGAAAUAAUAAUCCAGUAGUCUGCACCUCCUUCUGUCGUUCCCUACCACACGGCUAGCACAUUAUGGUUUCCAAAUCCAUCCUCACAUGAACCUGCACACAAACCCUGAGGAAGCACAAACACAAAAAUUUCAUGACAAUUGUUGAUUACAUUCUUCACUCCUAAAUAAACAAUUGUUUUUACAUGAAACCAGAUAAAAAAAAUUCUUGGAAACUUACAACUGGUAGCUCUUUGCAAAAUAUGUAGUAUCCAAACUUUGCCAACAUAUCUAAGAGGAAGUGGCCACCGCUGAUACGACAGUGAACAUGAAGAGAUUUUUUACCUUUCACUUUCUUCCAUUCUGCUACUACUUCAUCUCUGUAUAUCUUAUUUGCCCAUCCUUGCAACUGUAUAGAACAUCCAUAAACCUCCUCAGCCUCUUAAAUUUCAAAAACCAUGAAAGCCUAAAACUAAAUAGUUUCAGUGUUCUCUAAUAGAACUCAUGUUUCAAAACCGUUAACACAUUCAUCAUAGAGCUUUACACAUAUGCAGAUACAGAGAGAGGCCCAUAAAGCCUCUACUUUAAAUAUGUGAAGAGUAGAGAACGGUAACCUUUUUUAUUAUUUACCUGAGAGUUGUUAAUGGAGUGAGAGAUAGCUAAAGUUAAUUUAGCUGUAAAGUCACUGUGAGUGAGGGUGUAAGUUCUUGGAUGAUUGAAAGAUCGCCGGUCCAAACAAUCUUGCCCUCUGCACCAAAUAAAGCUAGAAUCUUUAAGCUCUCACGAUAUGGAAUCCAUAGCUGAGCACAGAAAGCUACGAUUUUGAAACUUUAACUCUAUCAAAACGAUGUUAAAGAAACAUAAUUUCUUACGGGAACAAUCAAUAUGUUCUUCCUCUUGGACCUUCUUUUGGAGACAAAGAGUGAGUUGCUACUGUUACUCCGUUUUUCUGAAUAACCUGGUUUGAGCUUUAUCGGUAACAGCGAACUCGGCGACAAACUACACAUCGUUUGCUUUCUUUAACCGAAUUUAAGCUUCAAUUUUCAGAACUGAACGCAGAGAGACCCUUAAUACAAAGAUGGAAUCACAGAGCAUCAGUUCGUGAUCAGUUGCCAACCAAAUAUGUGGCCGAUUGGAGCUGCUAAUGAAGCCAUUUUCUAACAGAGUUUAGAAACUUAAACAAUCGUAAAAAGUGGAGAAAAGAAGUUUGAGGCGAAUGAUAGCUUACUUCGAGGAUCUCUAUAUAUAGGAGGCUUCAGAAGGCGUUACAGGAGGAGGAUGCUAAUAUCUGUCCCUGAGCCCAAGAUCCAACCGAGGUGUUUGCAUAACAGGUCUCUUCCUAUUGGAAUACUUCUCCAACCGUGAGAUGCUGCUUUUUCGGUUUAACAUCUAAAAGGGUUCUUCCUUGCAGUACUUUCCCAGGAGUCAAGCAAGGAGACAUGACGGGUUCUUUAGGAUUCUCCAACUAAGCUUUUCGAGGAGAGCAUCUUUGAAGAUAGUGAUAUCCUUAAAUCCUAAGCCGCCAAAUGUUUUGGGUCUUGCCAUUUUCCUCCUGUUAUGUGUAGUAUCCCACCAUAACCUUGUCAACACCGAUUGGAUUUCAACACACACAGAUUGGGGGAGACUGAUGCAUGACAUUGCGUAGGAGGGCAUCGCUGCUAGGACAGUUCUCAACAUAAUCAUUUUGCAUGCUCGCGAGAGGAACUUUGUGGACCAGCAAAUAGAUUUGUGCUUGAUACGGUCUACUAUAUUGGAGAACAAGUCUCUCUUCCUUCUGCCAAAUUGCUAUGGUAGACCGAAGUAUUUGCCAAGCCCACCAUCUUUUUCAAUUCCUAGCGCUUGCUUGAUCUGAAGACUUUUAGCUUGAGUUGUCUUGUGAGAGAAAGAUACAGCUGAUUUCUGCGGAUUUAUCAGUUGACUUGAAACUGAUUCGUAGGCUGAUAGAAUCUUGAGGAGGGUUUGAAAAUUAUUUAGAUUAGCUCUACAAAAGAACAUUGUAUCAUCUGCAAAAAGCAGAUGAUUAAUACUAGGGCACCCUGUAGCUAUCUUGAUCCCUUUAAAUUUUCCGUUUCUUUGGCCCAACUUGCAUAAAUCUGAUAGUAGCUCACUGCAAAGUAUAAAUAGGUAGGGGGAUAAAGGAUCUCCCUGUCUGAUUUUCCUUCCUGGCUUAACGAAACCUCUUUCUGUAUCAUUGAUAAUAAAUGAAUAGCUGACAGUAGUGAUGCAUUGCAUGCUUCAUCCUAUCCAAAUGGGGUGGAAACCGAACUUUAGGAGUAUAGUUUUGAUGAAAUUCCAUUCCAGCCUAUCAUAGGCCUUACUCUUAUGAUUCAAUUCUAAAAUCUACCCAAUACCAAAAUAUAUAUUUGUCUUAAAUUAAACGUAACAAUUUUCUUUAGAAAAAAAAGAAAUAAUUCUAAUCUUGAUCCAUGCUUUCUUAGGCUCGUAUGGAUGUAACUCCACCGAUUGAUCUUCUUUAUCGUUAAUGUUUCACCUUGAAGAUUCUUUUGAUGGAGAGAGAUUAAAUCUCUAUUUCUCUCUAACUCUCAUUGAUAUUGUUUUUCUCACGUUAAAGUUACAAAAGGGGAACAUGUGGCUUAUAUAUUUUUGUUAAUAGUUGUGAUGGUAAUGGUUGUGAUGGUUCACGACAAUUACCAUAACCCUUUUUCCUAUGUAACCACCAUUUAUAUGUAUAUAUAGCAUCAUCUUUUUGUAGUUAAUACUAAUUAAUAAUUUACUGACUGCAUAUGCUAUACGCAUAUAUAGAAACAAUUAAGAAAGACAUUUAUACUAAAAUUAGGUACGGAAAGAAGGUUAUCCUCGGAAGACAGAGGGUACAUUGAUGUACCUGAACCAGUUGUCGGAGACGAUGAAGAAGUUGGAGAAGACGUGAGAUGUGUCUAUCGGGUGUUGUAAUUGUGAUGUAGAGAAGGUAGUCCUGCAGCUUAUCCGAUCUUGACUUGUCAUGUUGACCUCUACCAAGGUCCUCAGUCGUAAAUUAUUCUGGUUUCAAAACUUCAACUAGAGUCAUUUGAGUAGUUUGUUGUUUGAUACUCGGCUCAGCUGAUGAUGAAUGACCAGCAGAUGAAGUUGAAAACUUUGUUUGAGCCUCUGUUUCUUGUAAGCGCUUGGUGAACUAACUCAGAGGAAGCUCUUGUUGUUCUGUUACAUGGACAAUUAGUGAAGCAGUGGGUAAAAUACCCAUGUCGACAGAGGGUGUCAAUAUCCAGUCUUCAUCACAGGGAAACGGAUUUGGUUUCAAAUAUGGAGUGAGCUUUGGUUAGACAAAAGGAAAAACAUCCUCUCGGAAAAUGACAUCACGAGAAACCAUAAACUCAUUGCAUUGAAUAUCAUAAACCUUCCAACCUUUUUACCGAAAGAAUAACCCAUAAAAACACAUAGACGACUUCUUUAGCCAAAUUUAUCCUUGUCAGGUGACGCUCUAUGUGCGUAACAAGCUGAACCGAAAACACUCAAGACUUUGUAGUCUGGUUUAACACUGUGAAGGAUUUCAUAAGGAGAAAGUAUGUGAUGCAAUGUUGUUGGUGUACGAUUGAUCAAAGCAGCCAUUAAUACUGAUUCACCCUAAAACAUUAUUUGGACGCUUGCUUGAAACAAGAUAGAUCGAGAAACAUUAAGUAUAUGUUUUUGUUUUCUCUUGACUCUUCCAUUUAACUGUGGUGUAUUUCUGCAAGAAGUCUGAUGAACAAUUCCAAGAUCUUUGAAGUUGAGGAAAGCACCAUAAACUCUGAACUGUGAUCGCUUCGAAUCAUUUAAACCAUUUUUUGAAAAUGUAUCUCUGUGUAGGCGAGAAACUUCUUCAGUACAUUUUGUACUUACGGUUUUUCUAGAAGAAGAUAUGUACUUACUGUUUGUGAGAAAUCAUCAACAAUAGUGAGAAAGUAUAUUACACCACAAGAUGAAGGAAUUUUGUAUGGACCCCAAACAUCGACAUGAAUAAGAGAAAAAAAUAUGUUUUUUUAUUCAAACUUUAAUAAAAAAUCUCACGAGUUUGCGUAGAUCUAAAACAAGUGUCAAAUAAACUAGAGGCAGCAGAUUUAGAAGAAAUAACAGACAAUCGGACAAUACUAAAAAAGACAGAUGUCCCAAAACGCUGAUGCAAUAGAGUAUGAUCUGAACCAUCAACUGCUCAAUGACUCUUUGCUGAGACAAUAUCUGUAAAGUAAUAUGAUAUCACUCAAAUUACCCUAAUAAGUGAUUUAUACUCUCUCAAAUAAGAGGUCGAGUUGUAGUACUUAGGGAUCGAAAUCACAGAGAGCCAGAGAACCUAAGAAAUCUAAUAUGAUUUGUUAAGCAAGAUGUUUUAAUGAUUUAAAUGUAAAAUGGAAUUUUUAUCAAGCAAGUGUUUGCUCAAUUGAUUGGUUGGGGUUUUGGUGCUUAAAAGGAAAUAGCUAGACUUAGGGUUUCUAUUCAGGAAACUUGGAAUUAUAAUCCUACAAAUGCCUAAUGAGUUGCAUGCAUGAUAAUGUAAAGCUCAACUGUCAAUUCUACAAGUUCAUCGGCUAUCGCAUGUUUGAACUCGUCUAUUAACUUAGAUCUAAUGAUCCAAACAGAUGUGUUCGAUCAAUAGUAGUGUCGAUCGAAAAUCCUAUAGGGGUAUCGGUCGAUACACCUUUCGCUCCGUCGAUCGAUUAUCCAAUAUGAAUAUCGAUCGACUUUCCAGUUAAGCUUUAUGCGUGGGUUGAAUGAAUUCUUACUAAGCUCACUAAAACUUCAUAGAAUAGUAAAAUAGAUAUUUAAUGGAGUUUCAAACAUAAAUUAUAACUUUAGAUCUUCUCUCCAAUCUAUCACAAUCCUAAAACCUUUUGUUGAAAGUAAUAAAACUAAAAACACAGAAAAUCAGGCUUAUAUAAUUAGGUUAAAACUCGUCAGGUGUAAUCUUGUAAAUUGGUGAAGACUAGGGUUUCAAGUCGGAUGUGACCAAACGAGCUUUCUGUGUGAUUCGCUGUCGAUCGAUGUCAAGACAUGAACAUCGAUCGAUUAUUCCUCUUCAAUAUCGACCGAUGGUCGAGCUCGAUGGUCAUCUCGGGUGCUUGCUCCAAAUAUCUCCAAAAUUCUCCAAAAUCAUCACUUAUCUCCAAAUCACUUCUGACCCUAUAAAUAUUCUAAAUAGACUCUAUAAUAUAAUAAUUAGUAGUUAAAACACUUAUAAACCAUGAAUAAAAGUGGGUCAAAUCCAUGGUCUAUCAUAAUACACACCAUCAAAUUCUUCACCGGCUCCAAUCAAAGUCCUCGGAAAAACAGUCAAUACAAAUAUCGUGUCAGAAAACAAUGCUAAGCAAUUUGUUUGCUUUACCAAUUUGCUACCAAUAUUAAAGUGAAAUUUAAGUUUCGAACGUAUAAAACAUUAUCCAGCUUGAUUUUAGCUGACAAAGCAAAUGAUCCCAUCUUUACUGCAAAUGUAUGAUUGUCGUCUGAGAAAGCGACCGAACAUGGCGCUAUGUUCUCGACAAAAGUCAAAAGAGAACGAUUACAUGUCAUGUGAUGAGAUGCGCCACUAUCGAGAAUAACAUUGCCAAAAAAAAAUUUACCAGAGAGUUUUCUUCAGACGAAGAGGUAUUAGCCUUAUCUUGAAGCAUUUGAUUGGUGCACGAGGAUGUUCAGGAUUGUAUUCGGGAAAGGAAGAAGAAUUUGAUCUGGUAGCAUGAGCAACGUUAGCCUGACCAUGUCCACGGGCACCAGAAACGCGACCACCUCUGCCUUUGGGACCUCCGCUCUGUCCUCGACCUCCAUUGCGUUCAGUAUACCAUUCUAGAAAGCCAACAAUUUUCCAGCAAUUUGAUUUAACUUGUCUUGUUUUGGCAUGAUGUGAGCACAGCGCACAAGAUCUCAUAAUUGAGUUAUCUUCUCUGUUUUGAGCUUCAUUCUUACGAGACGAAUCAAACUGAUUUUUCUGACGCGAAAAAGAUGAAGUGUUUUGACGAGCCACCAAAUCUACUGCUUCUUGCUGUGGUUCUUCCCUUAUCAUCUUGUUGUAAAUCUCCCUAAGAGAAGGCAAAUGAUAGAUCACAUACUUCAAACGUGAAUCAUCCAAUUCCAAACCCAUCACGAAUUGAUGUAUUUUUCUUGUACUCUUUCUUUGGCCAUUCCCGCAGCUGCUCGACAGGAGCACACAUGGACAGGUUGAUACACCUACAACUCUUCCCAAAGGGUUGAGAGUUUACCUAAGUAGUCCAAUACAGGCUGUCCCUCUUGCUUACACGAAGCAAGCUGUGCCUUUAUUUGAUGAAUACGGACUGUAUUCCCAGCUGAGAAGCAUUGUUUGAGGUCUUCCCACAGUUAGUGUGCGUCGGUUAUGUAAGUAACAGUAUAACGCAUUUUUGGUUCAAUGGAAUCUCGGAUCCAUCCUACCAACAUAGAGUUAACUGUCAACCAAUUCCUCCAAAUAUGCACUGUUCUGGUCAGGUUUCUUCAAGAUACCCUUGAAGAACCCUAGUUUUUAUUUGGCCUGAAGAACAUUCAACAUCUUUGACGACCAUUCAUUAUAGUUCUCUCUGUUGAGAAGAACAGAGGUAAUCAACAAGUAAGGCAAGCUUAAAGCUUCAUCCUUGUUCUCACCGGUUUUGGAGACUUGUGUCUCUGCCGUGAGGUUUUUGUUUUUGUUUGAAAAAGUAAAGAGUUAUUUAGGAUCUCUGUGCAUACCAUGUAGAAAUAGAUAUCGCAAGUGGUUGGUUUAUUAGAUAGGCAAUGCCCUCAUAUUUAUUUAUUACAAAGCUCGAGUUGGCCUUAGUCCUUAUCAACGAGACUAAACCCUUAGCACAAAAGGAAUAUAGAACUCAUCUAAAGCUAACCUAAAACUUAUCUAUAAGACUUAGUAUUUAUCUCGAGUACCCCAAUACUCCAUCCUUUCACGCUCUUUUUACAUUCACCAAAUUAUGAAGUUUUUCUAAUCUACUACUAAUUCAAGCUGAAACACACCGCACUAUAAUAAACUUUAAUAAUGGGUCUUAUGCAUGAAUAAUUAAAGCCAUCUACCGUUGUUUGUAGAUUAUUAAUAUAUGUAUUGAAAAUAAAAUAAAUUGCUAUCUAAAAUUUAUAGCACAGGGGUUGCUAUAGUGCCUAGUUGAUGGAUUGUUUUUGGUGUCUCAUAGUCAGUUUUAUUAAUUAAUCAACAAAUUAUGUCAUGGCUUCCCUCAUAUUUUGAGGGGAAAAAGAAUAACGUGACUGAUUCUCCAAAAAAGAAUAACGUGAUUGAUUCUCCAAAAAAGAAUAACGUGACUGAUUCUCCAAAUUAUGUAUGACAAAACAAGGCCCUGGGUCUUACAUGCGUAAAAAAUAAAAAUAAACUUGGGGUGUUUACUUGUUUUACAUUAUGUAGAAGCUUAUUUAUAUAUACUUGGUUCGGUUUACAUUUGGAUGGCGAUCAACUAAAUUUCUUAGAUUACUCAUAUGUAUACACACAACUCGUUCAAAGAGUAUAUUUAAUUGAGUGGUUGAUCAAUUCCUAAGGUCUCAGUAGUUGAUUAUUUCUCUUCGAGGUGAGAGUUAUUUCUUUAUUGUUAAAUCAUUAAUUCCCAAUAUAAGAAAUAAAACUAGCCUAUAAAUUAACACACAAUUCCAAAUGGAUAAUUUUAAUUUUAAUUAAUAUCUUAUUAAUAAAAAUAUAGUACAUAUACACAAAAUACAGCCACCAAAGCUGAUAAGACAAAAACACAAACCCGGGAAACCAGACAAAAUGAACAAUCUACCCAUUUUCGUAUUUAUCAUCAUAUUACAAAGCUUAAUCUUGUCUAGUUCUUGUCUCUAUCAAAAUUCUUCACACAAUAUAUUACAAGACUCAUCUCCAUUUCCUUCUGAUUUCCUUUUUGGCACUGCGUCUUCUGCUUACCAGUAUGAAGGCGCGUUCUUGACCGAGGGGAAAGGAUUGAACAACUGGGAUAUAUUUACACAUGAAAACCCUGGAAAAAUACGUGAUGAGAACAAUGGAGACAUGGCUGUGGAUCAAUAUCAUCGAUUUAAGGAGGACAUCCAGUUAAUGACUUCCCUUGGGGUCAACGGUUACAGAUUUUCAAUUUCAUGGUCUAGAGUCUUACCACGAGGAAGAUUUGGAGGCAUUAAUUAUUCGGGAAUAAAGUAUUACAACAGAUUAAUCGAUGCUCUCAUUAGUAGAGGGAUUAAGCCAUUUGUGACACUGAACCAUUUGGACUACCCUCAAGAACUUGAGAACCGGUUUCAAAGUUGGUUAAGCCCGGAGAUGCAGAAUGAUUUUGGGUACUUGGCUGAUAUAUGUUUUAAACAUUUUGGUGACCGAGUUAAACAUUGGACAACAUUAAACGAACCAAACCAACAAAUAAUCCUCACCCAUCUAAAAGGCACCUUUCCACCAUCCCGCUGCUCCUUACCGUAUGGAAACUGUAGUCAGGGGAACUCGGAAAGGGAACCAUUCAUAGCUGCACAUAACACGAUCCUCGCACACGCAAAGGCGGUUCACAUUUAUCGGAGUAAAUAUCAGGUAAAACAAAGGGGGAUCAUUGGCAUUGUGGUGCAAACAUCAUGGUUUGAACCCAUUAGCGAUUCCAUCGCAGAUAGAGAAGCUGCAGAGAGAGCUCAAUCUUUUUAUUCCAAUUGGAUUUUAGAUCCAAUUAUAUAUGGGAAAUAUCCAAAAGAAAUGGUGAAUGUACUUGGAUCGGCCUUGCCACGGUUUUCUAGGAAGGAAAUGGAGAACCUAAAACAGUUAAGAUUAGAUUUUAUUGGCAUUAAUCACUAUACAAGUUACUUCAUUCAAGAUUGCUUGUUCUCAACUUGUAAUGCUGGAGAUGGAGCUUCUAAAGCACAAGGAUUUGCACUGAAGUUAGACCGAAAAGGCAAUGUUUCCAUCGGAGAACUUACGGAUGUAAACUGGCAGCACAUUCAUCCUGAAGGGUUCCGAAAGACAUUGAACUACCUAAAAAAUAGGUACCACAACAUACCGAUGUUCAUAACCGAAAAUGGUUUUGGAGACCUGCAAAAACCCGAGACAACACUAACAGAACUUCUAAAUGACACAAAAAGGAUACAAUACAUGAGUGGAUACUUGGAUGCGUUGCAGUCAGCAAUGAGAGAUGGAGCAAAUGUGAAGGGCUAUUUCGCAUGGUCACUAUUAGAUAACUUUGAGUGGUUGUAUGGAUACAAGCUUAGAUUUGGGCUAUUCCACGUGGAUUAUACAAGUCUCAAAAGAACACCGAAACUUUCAGCUUCAUGGUAUAAAAACUAUAUUGGAGAGCAUAUUAGAAGAAAAUAUUAUUAGACAUAAAUGUCUGGUAUUUUUAGCUUAUGUACAGCAAGAAGCUCAAUGCCAUAUUGUGUCACAGCUGCUGUUUCUUUCUCACCGACUAAUAUUUUUCAUGUACUAUAUCUCAUAAAUCUCCAAAUUACAGUAAUAAUUGGGAGGAAAAACUGACAAGAAAUGCUCAUCAUUAUUAUUUUUUUCUUUUUAUAAUGAUGAUAAACAGGGCCGGCUCAAAAAUUGCUUGGGUCCUGUGCAAUAUAUAAAACAUAAACAAAAUGUGGUGUAUUAAUUAUGUUUGUGAAAUUUUGGGUCCUAUUUUACAAAUUUGGACUCUAAAAUGCAAAGAAAAAUAUAAUUAAUAGGACCGGAUCCGCAGACCUUUAAAUGGAGUUUUGGGCCACUGACAAAAAAAGGCUUAAAGUUAUGUCCACAUGUGCAUCGUGGAACUUUGCGAGUCUGUGACAAUUCCACACGUGAAUCUUCAACAAUUGUGUCAUUUCUCUCCUUUCUCAACUAUCACAACUACAAAAUCUUCUACAGACAAAAAAAAAUAGAAAGGAAACUAUCAAAUGUCUGGUGGAGUAGCAACAACAUUCUCAAUUUGCCACUUGAUAAAAGUCGCUUAAUAAUUGGUUUAGUAAUCUAGAAGAAUCGUAUAAUUUGAGAAGGAAACGGACUACUAGCACAAUUCACCGCUCUAAAUAUCAUCCAUUCAUCUCAAUCUCUAGUGGAGCAGUAAUGGAUUUUGUUAGUUGAUAAUAUCUAUAUAUAUAGAGGGGAGUUUUCUCUCACCUCCUUGCGCCAAGUCAUCAUGGAGAUAGGGGCUUUUGUCGACACGUGUCAGCACCUGGGUCGUUUUGCGUUUAUUUUUUUUUUGUUUUGUUUCUUGUGCUGUCUAAAACGGGGACUGAAUUGGGCUUUGGCGCAUGAAACCCAAUGUAGAGCCCAGUCUUCUUCACAUCUCGACCCACAAGCGCAUUAGGGUUUACUCCCAUUUUCUUCUUGCGGCACGAACUCACCAACGAAACCACUGUUCUGAUAACUUUAUCGUCAAAAGAUAUCAUCAUUUUGAUCUCAAUGAUUCCAUUAGAACUUCAUAUCGUGUCAUCGGUGGAUUAUUCAAAUCCAAAAGAUUCCAUUUUUUUCUCAUUUUGGUAUAUGAUUUUUACAAAGCAAACGAAAGAGAAAAAUUAAGUUUUAAUAUAUUUUUAUAACUUCUCUCUGUUCAUUCACAUUCCAGAAUGCGAAGAUGACGACUACCACGAAGAAAGACAGCAAAACAGAGCAAAACCAAGCCGCAACGGCGGCUCUUCCACUACUCCAAGUCGCUGCCACAACCGCCGCAGUAACUAGAACUACCAACACACUCUAACGCCUCUCCACCACAACGGAAAUAGAAAACAACAUGACUCCGACGACGAAUACGGAGGAGCAGUCUCCUGCAACAAGUGUCGUCCUCACCACUCUCACCGCGACAAUUCUCCAUCGUGCCUCUAGAAAGCCACAACAACAACCCUUCCUUCAUCUCAAGCCCCAACCUCAAAAUCAAAUCCAUCUUCCAAUCGGAGAAGCCCCAAACCCUCUUCCGCCGCUUCCCUUCCGCCGCGGUCUUCCUCCUCCUCCGCCUCCGUCGCAGACGCUUCCAGAGAAGAGCAGUGGCGGUUAGCCGUGGCGGAGCUUUCUCAUAAACUGAUCCAAGCCACCAAGAAAAAAGAAGACUCCGUUACAGAAGCUUCCCGGUUGAAAACGUCCAUGAGGGAGCUAGAGAAGAAGCUCAACAAGCUCGAGAUCUACUGCCACAACCUCAAAUCGGGUCUCGACGAGUGCAGCAGCAACAACAAGAAACAGAGCGUCCCUGUUCGGUUCAACGAUGGGAUCAUCCAGCCGUUCCUCGUCUUGGUGUUGGAAUCUCGCUCUUCGAUCAGAGCCCUGAGCAGAGCUCUCGCAUCGCAGACUCGCAGCUGCGUACCGUCAGUGGGAAAGUCUACGAGCGGCUCUCUCUCCUCCCCCAGCCUUUCGAUGUCAAGAUCAACUAUUUCGCGAAGAACCCGAAAAGCAUGAUCUUUUACCUCGAAGCGAUCCUGAGCAGAGCCUUCUUCGAGAACUUCGAACUUCGAAGCUUCCGGGUUUCAGAAAACGGGUCGACCCGGAUUUUGAACCCGAGUGAUCGUUGCGAGUCCAAUUACGCUUCGUUUAACGUCUUGAUGGAGCUCACGUGGGACGAGGUGUUGAGCAGAGGAACGAAGCAUUUCUCUGAGGAGUUUAGCCGGUUCUGUGACCGGGAAAAUGAGUGUCACGUCACUUCCAUGCUUUGCUGGAACCGAGCGUGGCCUGAACCGCUUUUACAGAUAAAGUAGUAAACCGAACAAUUUAUUGGAUUAUGAUUUGGUUUAUUGGAAACCAAUUAAACUGUUCUUCUUCUUCUUUUGUAGGCUUUCUUUGGUGCGUCGAAGAGUGUUUGGUUGGUUCAUCUCUUGGCUAAUUCGCUGAACCCAGGUUUGCAGAUUUUUCGUGUGGAGAGAGAUGAUCACUUUGAUCCGGUUUACAAGGAGGAAACUGGUGGGGAUCGGUAUAAGAGUGUGGUUCGAGCUAUGGUUCAACCUGGGUUUUAUGUGUAUGGCAGUGUAGUUAAGUGCAAGGUGUUUUGCAAGCGUUGCGGCAGCGACUAGGAAGAAGCGGUGGAAGACCGUAUGGUCAAAGAAUUUAAUAAAAACGACGAGAGACAAUAAGCAUUUGUAGCCCAUUAGGAGUCUAAUUUACGUUGGUUACGGAAUUAUAAAAUUGGUGAGUUUUGAUUUGUUUUGUUUUUGCAACUUGUAAUUAAAAAAAAUGGAAUGCUCUUUGCAAGUAAAUAUUUUAAAACUAGCUCUUUUAAAAAUAAUGUUUUUGUUGGUAUUUUUUGUCAAGCUGAUUUAAUAAAAGGGUGAAUUAGCCAAAUGACCAAAUUUGAAAAGAAAAUUAAGUGCAUAGCAUUGAUUUUGACAUAAUAAAGCCCAUAACAAUUAUGCCAACUUCUAUCCGGUAAUACCCUUUUUUUGUUCAAGUUGCCAGUAAUAGAGAAAGAAACUGAUGACAUCAACAAUUUGACACCCCACAAUUAAUUAUCACACGUAAUUCAAUCAACACCACACUUUUGUUUAACACAUAAAUAUACAUCUAAUUUUUCUAUAUCAUCUAACACUACUAAAAAUAAUAGGAUUCAAAAUCCACUCACACCUAGUAAAUACUAAACUUUAAUCCAAACCUCAACUCCAAAAUAAUAAACCCUAAACUUUAAACAUCACCCUUCCAUCUAAAUACUAAACCCUAAACCCUAAUUACUGAAUCCUAAACCCAAAUAUAAACCUUAAGCCCAAUUAUCAAAAUCUGAAAAUAGUAUAUAAUAUUAUGUAAUAUUAAACUAAAUCCAAACAAAACUCCUCAAUGCUAAACUCAGACCUAACUUUUGAAUACUAAACCCAAAAAUGCUAUCACUAAACCCAAACCUAAACUCCCACCUUCCAAAUACAAAACCCUAAAUCCUAAUCACUAAAUCCUAAACCCAAGUAUAGACUAUAAACCCAAAUAGAAUGGAACAAAAUACAUAGUAUAGUAUAAAUUGGUAAGCAAAAAAACACUCUUUUUUAAUCGUCAAAUGGAACAUACAUAAUACGGUCACUAAACCCAAACAUCAACCCCCACCUUCCAAAUACUAAACCCUAAAUCUUAAUCAUUAAACCUAAACCCAAAUAUAAACUCUAAACCCAAAUAGUAUAGAACAAAAUAAAUAGUAUAGUACCUAUAGUUGUAAACAAGAAAUUGAUAAAUAAUGAAUUUAUCAAACAAUCGAUGGUACAAUAAUACAACAACCGUAGCAUACUAUUUAGUUUGGUACUUGCGAAUUGUACAAAAAUAUAAGAAUCGUACUAUACUAUAAUUUUCUUUCACUACAUAUAGUAUAGUCGACGAGUUCAUCUUCUUCACAUCUUCCUCUUUUUACAGACAUGGUGAUACACACAUUCACUAGUCCAGAGUAAUUAUUCUUCAUCAUACCAUAUCAAUACAGCAUACUAUAACAAUUUAAAUAACAAUGAAAAAAAUCAAGAUGAACAACAUUGAAAAAAACUAAAAAAAAAAAAAAUUGUGAUGUCACCUCGUUGUUGUCUACGGUGCCAUCUUCUCCUCCAAACUCAAUUCCACAAACCCAAAAUCCAUAUUAUUUCUUAGUCUAGUGGUUUGUGUUCGUAUGUA